AUGGGCGCGGAACUGUCGAGGUAUCUGGAGCACGACGCAUUCCAGAGCGACAAUGGCGUUCUCCUCGAGAACCAACUCGUACCAGCUGGCAGCUCCAUCGCCAGUGUGCGUCGCACGAGCGCGGACGUCGCCAACCGCUCGCAGAUGUUGGCGUUCUGCCGGCAUUGGGAUCUCAUCCGAGUCGUCGAGUUCCUGCGCUGGUACACAGACCUCGUCAAGGUGAAGAAGAAACAGUUGGAAGGAGAGGAAGGAAGCGACAAGAACCAAGCGAUAAUUCUGUUGGAUACCUCACACGUGCAUCGACAAGUUGAUCGGAUCUCGAAAGACGUUGUGGUUCUGGAGCAGCUUCUGGUGCAGCUGGAAGAGGAGAUCGAAAGUGUGGCCGUGAAGAACAAUGAUGAUGCUCCUGAUAUUCCGAUGAACGAGGGGCUUGCCGAUGGGCUGGACAUGGAAGAAAUGAUUGAAGAUGAUGGACCUGCACCUGAAGAGGAAUUUAUUGCGAGGAAGAAGAAGACGGAGAGGGAGCUGAGGGAGAAAGUUGUCGCCCUGCGCGAGCUGAAGCUGCAUCUUCUUGGGUCGAUUGAAGGUGUGGGGCUACGAGAAAUCGUACACUGGCCCCUGUUUAUCAAAGCUGUCACACACGUUCAUUUCCAGGAGACGGUAAAAGCGAGCAUCCAGUCCAGUGUGGAAUGGCACCCAGCUUGCUCAGGGUACGCCAUGCAGCGCGAAGGUCAAGCGAAAUCUGCGCUAGAAGAGUACAACAAAGGGGAUAUUCUGCUGCCGCCGCCUGCGAAACAUGAAAUCGAUGGCCAUACUGAUGAUAGCGCCAGCAGCUCAGCGGCCAGUGGGGAUGACAGCGAGCACACAAAAGAAGAGUCCAACCAAAUGCCUCCAAACGGACGAGCUAAGGUCGAAGCUCUCCUCAAGCAGCCUCGCAUCAUCCAGCGCACAAUCCCCGAGCUGUUCGACCCAGCCACUCGCAGUCCGAUAUUCUUCGGCUACUCUUACGACAAGCAGAAGAACCGCGUGGAGGAGGCUCUCGAGAGCGAAACUGCGUCGACAGCGAAGGAAGACGCCGUCUUCGCAACGAAAGUCAAGUACCAGAAGGACAAAUUAGAGUCGACUGUAGCCUCCGAGAAGGGGAAGCUUCAGGCGCUGGCGCAGAAGGAGAGCGAUCUCCAAGUGAAGCGGGAGAAACAUUGGGCCAAGCGCCAGGCCGACCUCGAACGCGCCAAGAAGGAGCUAGACCCGAACGACGUCUUCUUCCUCACACAAGAGGCGCAGGACAAGAAGACGAAGGACCAAGAGGCGUUUGAAGACGCGGAACUCCGCCACCAGAGGCAGAAUAUCGAUACGAGGAUCAAAGCAGCAGAGCAAGAGUGUGCUGUCUAUCUGGAUAAAGUCGCAGCGGUGCGAUGCGUUGACAGACCGUUAGGCGUCGCUCGCUUGAAAUUCCACGGAGAUGAGCUGGAGAGGUACGAGGAGGAGAUCCACGCGGCGAAGAAGGCUCUGGCCAUUGCACAGGAGGAAUACGCGGCACUGGCCAACUCAAAGCUCCGUGCGCCGGGUCACCAGGCCAAACUCCGCUCCCAAGUGCUGUUCGCUGAAGACCAAAUCAAGUCUCGGGAGAAUGAACUGGAGCGCAUUUGUAAAAUUCACGAGAACGAGCAGUUUCUCUUCGAUCGCGCGCAAGAUGUUUUCGACAAGGAGCAGCUCUUCGUGCCGCUGUUUAACGCUCUGAAUGCGGGUAAAGGUGGCGACUUUGCCUUCCAGUUAGUCGACCUCACCAUUGCGAUGCUGUUAGGCGCUGGGAGUUGCUCUGUGGCCGACAAGAUUCGGUUCCUCUUUGACGCAUUCUCGCAGACAAGUGGGCGCAGUACGAUUCGCGUCUUGGGGUCGGAGUCUCUCGCGGAGGUUAUUCGCGUAGUUUUCAGCGUGCUGUCGCGUAUCGGAGACGUUCAUCUACCGCGGGUUAUGACGCGAGAGUUCUUACAGGAAUUCGUUGAGCGUGAGUUCUUAAAGUUAAAUAGCGUAUCGACAGGUGAAGAUGAUGACACGAGUGAAACCCGCGAGAAGAACGGGAUGACUCUGCACGAGUUCAACAAGUACUGCGUCGAGACAAUCGAGGGCUCCAAGUAUCUGUGCGAGUUACUGGGGCAUCCUUGGAAGUACCAGCAAUUAAGUCGCUUUGUGGUUCAACACAUGAGUGCGAUUCACCAGUACAGGCUGGGUUUGAUCAACAUCAACGACUUGAAGUACGCUCUCGCUCGGCAAAUGACUCAGCCACGCGAGGAAUUAUCUCAAUGGAAGAAGGCGAUAAUCCAUGAACGAGCGUUGGCGAUGGGGGAGAAUGACCCAUUGAAGACGGACUACUCCAAGUACCUCCCCCGUCGUCAAGCGAAGCUGCUGUCUAACGUCGUCCCGUUGGAUCAUGGAGGGUACCGCAACCUGCUGCAUUAUCGGAUGGAGGUGAUUCUACGCUCCGCUGUACGUCUUCAGACGACUUGGAGAGCGCGGAAAGGCAGACAAAUCGCUCGACUUGCAGCCGAGAAACAGGCAUUUUACCACGCGCGUGGACUCGCGUUGGAGGAAGCAAGACAAACAGUAGAGAGGGAGUGGAGCGAUCGAGACGCGAAACCCGCUCAUAGCGUGGAUAAAAUGAAGUUUGAGGCGAAAAUCCGCAUGAAGCAGGUGAAGCUGCGCACCAAGGGCAACGCCUUCAGCCGUGAACAAGUGCUCUCUCUGAUGACGGAAGAAGCGGUUCAAGCUGCGCAGAAGGAGGUGGAGAACCGGUUCCGCGAGAUGGAGGAGGAGCUUGGGUAUCUAAAACACACAGAAGCGUUGCAGCUCCCCCACGCUGCGAUCGAGUACUUGAAGCCGGAGAUCGCCAAAGGUUUGGUGGCUCAGCUCGUACACGCCAAACAGGAGUCAAGUACAGUCGGUUCCAUGCUGGAAACUAUCGCCGUGAACGAAGAGAAAGCAAAGAAAAAAGCCGAAGACAAGAAGCGGAAGCGAGAUGAGGCUAGUGACCCACCCCAUGAAGUCCCCGAGACGGACACAGGCGAAGAAGUGGAGAAGCAUUUCCUGGAUAGAGAGGCUUCAGCUGCCAGACAGUAUCGAACCAGCGCUAGGAAGGAGAACAUGGUACACGGCCGAUUCCCGCCGGAGCUUUACUCCACAGGGUUUACGCUCGAUGAGCUGUCACUUCAGAUGACGCUGGCGUUCCCGGACCCCCCUCUAACCAUGCUACAAGACCGACUUAAACAAGUUUGUGACGGGAUGACGGACUUUAAACUAGCUGAGUUUCUGCAGGAAUUGCCCUCAAAGCGCCACAUUUGCGACUACGUGACUGCAUUCCGUCGCCACGACGGAUCGUACGAAAUGGAGGCGAUGGAGACGGAUCUGUAUGACCAUUUCCGGAUAAUCCGCGGCUCGAACCAACUCGCCCCUGCGCUGGUUAAUAUUGCGGAGAGUGAUCUGGAGUUUGGCUUGACGCAGAAACUGCUGAACUCGAUUCAACUGGAGAACGAGCAGAUUUUGCACCAAAUGGUGGAGGCGGAGAGCCACAAACUCGCGAAUGAGAACGCUCUAGUCAUGUCAAAGCGACUUAUCCGCAUGGGAUACAAGAGCGAGAUCGAAGCGGAGGGGAAUCAAGAGAAAGACACUGCAACUGAUGGAGAUGGGGACAAUAACCAGCAACAUGUUGAUCCUAGAAGUUUGUUCUUGCAAAAAGAGAGAUACAUUCUGGACCAGCGUCGGAAGAAGGCGGUAGAAGCGCACAACCGCCUCCUGACGCGGACCAAAUCCAAGCAAAGUACACGGAGAUCUUGCAGAUCUGCCAGGACUUCAUCGAGACUGCGAGUGCAGUGGCUCUAG